ACUAGUGAAAAAAACUAGUGCCGAAGAAUUAAUCAAAAGUAUUAUGUUACUGACCUUGAGUAAUCUAAUGGAAUGUUACAAAUUACAUUUUACAGCAUGUACUCUGUAAUCUGUAGUGGAAUACAUUUCAAAAGUAACUCUGAUCAUGGCUGACUAUGAAUAGUACAUUUUUACAAUGGCAUUUGAAUGAUGCUGCAAUUCAAUGACUGCCAUAUUGACCAUCUUAAAAACAAAACAAAAAAACUACUGAGUGUCCAUUGAAGUGAUCUUCACAAUGGUCAGGACUUUUACUCAGGUGGUUGUUUGUAUUUUAAUUAACUCAUAUCUUAUGUUUUGACAGAUGGGCAGAGAAGAUGAGCCAACAUCAUUGGAUCCCUAACAUGUUGUUUUAUAGAUUGAGUCAACUCAUUCGGCUCAUUUUCCAAUCGCACAAUUAUCACAAUGGCUCUCACCAACAACACCAUAACAUCAUGGAAAUUGCAGGAGAUCGUAGCUCACUCCAGCAAUGUGUCUUCACUGGUGUUGGGAAAAUUGUCUGGUCGUCUGCUGGCCACUGGAGGCGAAGACUGCAGAGUCAAUAUCUGGGCUGUCGGCAAACCUAACUGCAUUAUGAGUUUGACAGGCCACACGAGUCCUGUGGAGUGUAUCCAGUUCAACAGCUCUGAGGAACGAGUAGUGGCUGGGUCUCAGUCUGGAUCUCUGCGGCUUUGGGAUCUGGAGGCUGCUAAAAUUUUGCACACUCUAAUGGGACACAAGGCCAAUAUCUGCAGUCUGGAUUUUCAUCCCAUGGGAGAAUACCUGGCGUCCGGCUCUGUGGAUAGUAAUAUUAAGCUGUGGGAUGUGAGAAGAAAAGGAUGUGUGUUCAGAUAUAAGGGUCACACUCAGGCUGUGCGCUGUCUAGCUUUCAGUCCUGAUGGGAAAUGGCUUGCUUCAGCCAGUGAUGACAGCACAGUAAAGCUGUGGGAUCUCGUAGCAGGCAAGAUGAUUACUGAAUUCACAUCACACACAUCAGCGGUCAAUGUUGUGCAAUUCCACCCCAAUGAGUACCUGCUCGCAUCUGGGAGUGCUGAUCGGACUGUUAAGCUUUGGGACCUGGAGACAUUCAACAUGAUUGGCUCAUCAGAGGGGGAGACGGGAGUUGUGAGAAGUAUAUUGUUUAAUCCUGAUGGUAGCUGCUUGUACAGUGGCUCUGAGAACACACUACGAGUAUAUGGUUGGGAACCAGACCAAUGCUUUGAUGUGGUGCAUGUAGGCUGGGGCAAAGUGACUGACCUGGCCAUCAGCAACAACCAAAUGAUUGCAGUGUCCUUCAGUCAAACUAAUGUGAGCUGGUAUGUUGUGGAUCUCAACCGAGUGAAGAAGUCAGGAUCUGUGAUCCAAGGGCUGAUCCAGGAUAGGCCGAUUCCAGCUCCCACAUCUGCACUAGGAACAACACUGCGGCAAAAUUAUGAGCGAUCCACUACAUCCUGCACUGGACAGGAGAUGAAGCAAUGUUCGGAGGCUGAUCGCCACAGUCCAGAAGGAGAAAGAAGGAGUCCCAGCAGUGAGGAUGAGAAAGAAGACAAAGAGAGCAGUGCAGAAAUCUCCAACCCAGAAGCACGAACACCACCUAAAAAGACUGAUCUUUUCCCCGCACCUCUAGAGCACUCUUUUUCAGAGAGUGUCCUGGCGAAGCCUGGCCCGGCAGUCAAGAUUGUAAUAGACAGAGCAGGACAGUUGAAAGCUCCCAUUAUCUCCUCUACUCCAGUACAAAGAGUGGAACCAACUGUGAUCGCUGCUGCUCCCCGUCCUGUCUCCAUGGUAACCACAGCUGUGGCCUCUCCCUUUCGUCCUGUGGUUACUACCACCAAGCCUAAUCCCACCACAGGAAUCAUCCUCUCAAUGCGCAAUGAGCCCAUUGGACUCAAUGCAGGGGACUUUCUUUCUCAUGCAUGGAACUGUAAAGCCAGUGUGAUGGGAGAUGAAGAGGCAUUGGUACAGAUCAGGAAAGGGCAUGACACCAUGUGCGUAAUGCUGACCAGUCGAUAUAAAAACCUGGACACCAUACGCUCGGUCUGGGCCAGUGGUGAUGUCAAGAUUUCCCUGGAUUCUGCUGUAUCUAUGAACGAUCUUUCUAUUGUGGUGGACAUCCUUAACAUAAUCAACCUCAAACCAUCACUAUGGAAGUUGGACCUCUGCACUUCUAUACUGCCACAGAUUGAGGAACUCUUGCACAGCAAGUACGAAAGUUAUGUGCAGACUGGAUGUAUGUCAUUGAAGUUGAUCUUGAAGCGUUUUUGGCCAUUAAUCUCUGACACGUUGAGUGCUCCUCCAUUUAUUGGUGUGGACAUUACUCGAGAGGAGAGGCAUCAGAAAUGUAAAGCAUGCUAUCAGCAGCUGAAGGACCUCAGUAAUGUAGUGAAUAACCGAGCAGAGCUGGUUGGUCAUCAUGGCAGCACUUUUAAAGAGCUACAACUACUUAUGGCCCCACUGGACAACUGACACACUCAAACAUGUGCACACAUUCCUACUUAAUCCCCAGUCUUUACUUUGGAUUGAAGUAUUUUUUUAGGUUUUGGCAGUUAUUUAGCUAUAGACUGGAAUUGAAUUUUUUUGAGUCUUUUUUUUAGUUUUUUUUUAAAUGCACAAUAUGUUUUCAACA